AUGAAUUUUGAUCCACAGAUUUUGUGGAAAAUUAGAAGUGAAAACCAGGAAGAUUUAGAUAGGUUAUUUCAAUUCUUAGCCUAUCUCCACUCAAAUCCGCAAUUUAUUUUUCAAUUAUUUCAAGAUUUCGAAAGGGAUGAAUUAGACAAUUAUUUAAGAGAGUUGCUUGCAAUAGAGGUGAAAAAUUCGUUAAGAAUGCAUUGGCUAGAAGAUAAUUUUUGGUCAGAUCAAGAAAAAAAAUUAAUUAUAUCAAACUUAUUUAGCAUGAUUGAAAUUGCACCAACAAAAAUCAAAUGGAACACUGCAUAUAUCUUCGAUGCAAUUGUCUGCAAAAAAUUAAGCGAACUUUGGUGGUCAGAAUUAUUAAUUAACAGAAUAAAAUGUGCUGACGAUAAUUUAAAGCCAUAUUUAAUUUAUAUAGCCCUAAAUAUAAUAAAGGCUCAUAACAAGGAAAGGAAACUAUUCACAGAUGAGCUUGAUUCUGUCUUAUGCGAACUAUUCCAAAGCUAUAUGUAUUGCUUUGAUGCAUACCUUCAAAACAGUAUGAAUGAUGAAAAUGAUUGCCUUGCUAGUAUAUUUAUUAUCAAGUCUUUUCGGUAUCUUCUAAAGAAUUCAGCAAUAAUCACAACGAUCCAAGAUAUUGAACAACUGUCAAGAUCAAUAUCACAAGUAUUAUUUAUCAAAAAUCCGUCUAAAUCAUUUGUAAGCUUUCAAUAUCAAGUAAUUAGAACAUUUCAGACCAUGGUGACCGAGUUUUAUGGAUCACAAAGCAAAUCUUAUAUUUUUGCAAACCAAAAUAGGUAUGAAUAUGCAAUGCAGUUCAAAAAUAACGUAAUUCUAAUUAUCAUUCAAGUUAUUAAAACGAUUAUGAAUGAUAUCGAGUGCCCAAAGAUCUCAAAUGCAAUAGCAUUCUUUAUAUAUCAACUAGCUUUCUAUCAAAUCGAUGAGUCUUUGUUAUCAUUAGAUUUAUUAGAGUUUAUAAUCAACCGCUGCACAUUAUCAGAUGCAGAUUUUGAAGAAAUAUUGAUUAAUCCAAUCGCCUUCAAAGAACAACAGAUGGAUUUUGUUGUUGGAUUAGAUAAAAAUCUUCCUAGGUCUUCCUGCGCUUGUUUAAUUCAAAUACUAGAUGAUUCACAUCCAGACAUUAUUAAUAAUUUGAUUCCAAAUGAUACAGACCAAUUUCAGGUAAUUGAUUCAAAAUUAUUUUUAUUAUCUGCAAUUAUUCAACGAAGACAAAGCGAUGAAAUAGAAAUACCAGCUGAAAUAUAUGAAAAAUUAAUUGAAAUAUGCUCAGAAUGUAUGAAAACUACUUGUAUUCCUUUAAUUUUAUCAGCUUUCAAGCUUUAUUCUUUAAUAAUACCUGUUUGUAAUCCUCUUGAUGGGAUACAAGAGUGCGAAAACCUUCUUGUUAAUGAUUCUACACUAGAAAUACCUUUAAUAGGCGUUUUCGCAUCGAAAAUCAUGAGAAAAUGCAUUGAAAACUCGGAAGUCCAGCCAAUGAUCAAUGUUCCGAUAGUUCUUGAUGCAGUAAUUAAUCUAAUGAACCUUUUAAAGAGCAGAGAGUUCUAUAAACUUAUACAAUGCAUCUGCAAAGAAUACAGUCAAUUUGUUAUUCCAUAUUUGGAAGAAAUUUUCCAUAUUUUCAUCGAAGAAGCUUAUACAGAAGAAAUAGUUGAUGAUCAUUCGGCAUCACUGAUUGAAAAUUCUUUGGAAACAAUUGAAAAUUUAAUUUCAUGUUUUACAUCUGAUAAUGAUAUUCUUAUGGAGAUCUUCAAAUUGACUAUGCGUGACUUUAUUACGAUAUUAUAUAACUCUGAUGAAGGAUAUCCUUAUGGAUCACUAUUUAAUAUUAUUGGACUGUUUUCUCAGAACAUUACAAGUGAUAUGCAGGAUAUGUAUGAUGCUUUUGUUGCAAUUGUUAAUAGUAUUUUGACAGAUACAUCAAAAUCAGAAACAAUCUUAGAAAUGUAUUCAAAACAGUUCACUCUUUAUGUAUAUCCUUUAUUUUCUGAAAGGGAGUCUGAAUUCGUUGAAACAGAACCUGUACAGACAGCUUUUCAAAAUAUGUGCGAAAUUUGGUAUCAAUUGAUAUCAUCAGCUAGCGAAGAUACAAUAAAUUCUGGAUUUUAUACAGAAACUAUAAGAAAUUUCAUUUUCAUGCUCAACGUAGGAAUUCAAGCAUAUCCAGAGAAUCCUUUGCUUGAAAGCCUACUAGUUGAAUACCAAUAG